CACGUCAGCGACAACUCAACCACACUUGCCACCUAAGUGCCAUGUCAUAUUUUAAUUCAAAAAUAAAUUAGUUAAUCAAUUAAUAACUAAUUUAAAAACAUAAAAAUAUUUAUUAAUUUUUUCCUUUUCAAUAUCCAGUCUCCUCUUCCUCUCUCCUCUCCUUCGUCUUCCCCAUCUGUUCUUCAAUAUCCACCACCGCCUCAUCAAAUCCCCUUCCCUGCAACAAAAAUCUCAAACUAAAAAAUGGUGCUCUCUGCUUCCGCCGCCAUCGCAAGCCCCAAAUCCCUCUUCCGCGCUCAAGCCCUUCCCUCCAUUUCAAAACCCACUUGCUCGUUUUCUUGCUUCUCCUCUUCGCAACCUCAAUUCGACAGAAAUGCCAAUAGCAACCCCUCUUUGAACUCUGUUCCCAAGCAGAAGAAUCGCAUAGUUGAUGUGGGCAUCGGGCUGCUGUCGGCUUCGAUUCUCGCUCUUUCUCCGAUGGACGCCGACGCCACCAGGAUCGAGUACUACGCCACGGUGGGAGAGCCUAUGUCUCCGAUUCAGAUCUGCCUCACCGAUCCUACCGCACAGCCAGGCCCUGCAGUUCCUUCGCCGCAGUUCUCUCCGCCUUCAACUCCUCGUACUGGCUCGCCUUCUUAUCCUCCUCCUACUCUCCCCAGACAAAGCAACGACGACCAGUCUGAAAUCCCAAUUCGCCAUCUCCCCGCGGCGACGUUUCCAAUCCGAACCGUGCCCAACAGAUCGCCAAUAGCCAGAGUCGGGCUUGAUUUGGGAAUCUGGGGAUUUUCCUUGUCGAUGUUGAAUUUCAUGGCGGCAAUCACUGCGAUUUCGGCGCAGUUCCAGAUCGGGUUCUUCUUCAUGGUUUGAAGAAAUCCCUUUCGUUUCUCACCACCGAACCCAUCCUCCAUCGAUGAACUGAUUGGGCGAAUCUCGAGGAAGCAAUAUCAGCUGCAAGAGGGAGCAGUGGGGAUGGAGGAUUUGGAGUCGGUAGGUCGAUGGAGGAUUUGGAGUCGGAUAGCGGUUGUUCACGGCUACGGGUGGGUGGUGGUUUGAUGGCGUCGCUGGUGGGAAUCGUAGGGGGAAAGGAGGGAUGAAGAUGAUGUUGACGACGGCGAACAAUGGUGGGGGAGGUACAGGGAGGAAGAUGAAGUUUUUUGUAUAAAAAAAUUUUAUUUUUAUUUUUCAUUUUAUGAACUCGGAAAAAUUGAAUUUAUGUCCUUUUUUUAUAAUCCACGUGUCCGACAAAGUAUCGCCAGGUAAGCAUUUCCGUCAGUCUAGUCAGAGUGUUAAGUAACACCGUUAAAGAGAUGGACGGAAUUGGCUAUUUUUGGUUUUCGAAUAAUUAUGGCUAUAUUUGUCACAAACGUGAAAGUUAUGGCUAUACAAGUGUAUUUUGCCAAAAAAAAAAAGGGAGGAAGACUGGAGUCUGGAAGAGGGGAAAUGAUCAGGUAAGUGACUCUGGUUAUCCUCUUAUGCUAACCGCAACUCGCAACCGGCUGGGGGUCCCUUAGUCACAUGGUUAAGUGAAUCUCAGUUAUUGAGUUUCAUUAAAAUCUAAUGAUUCAAAUUAAUCUAUUUUAAUGAAGGGUAAGGUGGUAAUUACAUAAUUUAUUUAUUUAAUAAUUAAAAGAAUAAAAAUCACCCGCCCCUGCCCCUCCCGUUGCCGGUCUGAUUUUGGGAAAACUCUCGCCGGCGGCUUUCUUAUUUUGCCCCAUGGCCACCAUUUUUUAGUAUCAGACCACCAUUUUUGAUGUGGCAGAGAGAGAACUCCCGCCGGCGGCUUUUUUAUUUUGCCCCAUGGCCACCAUUUUUGGUGUGGCAGAGAGAGAUUUUCUGGUCGGAAAAUUUUUUUCCCGGCGAUCAUCGUCGAUGGAGAAGAACUUUCCGGCGACAGUGUUUUGUGAUGUUGUUGACAUAUUUUGUAAUGUUUGUACGCUUUGUUAUUUUUGUGCACCAUGUUUAUCAUUUUUGUCAACCAUGUUUGUAAUGUUUUUUUAUGUCUAAAAAACAACCUAGUUGACUUUUGGAUGGAACUUCUCUAUAUAGGGAUGGAGCCUCCAAAGUCAACCCGGGUGUUUUUUCAGUUCGUAUGAAUUGUCGGUCUAGUUUGUCAUUUUUGUCCACCAUGUUCGUACUGCUUGUAUGUCUAAAAAACACUCGAGUUGACUUUGGGAAGGAGCCCCUCUAUAUAGGGAUGAAGCCUCUAAAGUCAACCUGGUUGUUUUUUCUUUUUGUAUGGUUUGUAUUGUUUGUCGGUCUAGUUUGUAUUUUUUGUACAGUUCAUAUGUUUGUAAAUCUGUUUGUAUGUUUUGUCGCUCUAGUUUGUACUGUUCGUAUGUUUGUAUGGUUUGUACUGAUUGUAAGUCCGGUUUGUAUACUUCGUAAUUUUCCAUAAUACCCAAACUACCCCUAUCAUUAAUUAAAUAGCCCUUCCCACUUUUUAACCAUCAGAUUGAUGUGUCCAGAUCUAAGGGCUGGGAAGGGCUUAGUCAAGUGACUAAGCACCCCCCUUAGUCCCCGGAUCCGCACUCCCUCGCAACCAAAAAACUGGGACUAACUCCAAUCCUCACAGUGAUAUAUAGUUUCCCAACUUUUUAAAUAUGGGGCUUUUUAAAUUCUCAAAUCUCAUUUCCACUUUUAUUAUAGUUCCUUAUUAAUUUAGAAAACAUUUUUUUUAAUUCAAAUAAAAAGUUUCAGGAAAU